AUGUACACGGUGUGGGAGCUGCUAGCGUACGCAUACAUCAGUCUAUCCAUCCACAUGUUUCCCGAAGAUGGAGAACUGUCGUUAGGUCCGUGGGAGGGCGCGCCGGUGGCCGCCGAUACCCCGGUGCCGGACAUGAGCCCUAGCGACAUGCUGAUGCUGAUCCACGCAGACAAAGGGUUGCAGAUCAACCUUCUCGCCAUGCUUAGUGCUGUGUUGAUCAGCAUCCAGGUACUGCUGGGAUCUCGGCGUCGGCGCUCCGGCAACAAAAUCAUUGUGUACCUGCUGCAGGCCGCUUACACCGUCUCCUUCCCGGUGUUCGUCUACACCAUCGGCCUCAUCCAGUCCGUGGAGGCGCCCAAACAGCUUGACAGCCAGCUGUUGUGGGCCGUCGGGCUCCUGCUCCUCCUGGGUAGCGUGGACGGCAUGUCGGCCUUCAGCCGGCAGGAGGUCGAGAAUAGCAAAGGAGUUCAGGCGGAGCACAUGAUCAAGACGGUUCUCGUGCUCUGGCUCCUCGUCAGCCGGAGCGACGUCUCCGAGGGCGGGGGGGUCUUGCUGAUCUACUUCCUCCUCUGCUGGGUGUAUAGCAUCUUGAGGGUCGCCCAGAGGAUGAAGGCGCUGCGCAAGGCCAGCUCGGUGCACGGUCUUGUGCGCAGCGCUAAAGUGGUGGCUGACUACAUGCAACAUGUCUAUGCCUCUGAUGAUACGAUUCAUAGCCCCAUGGACAUGGCUAAGUGCAAGUAUCUGGUCCUUGGUGAGGAAAAGGACUCCAGCCCACCAUCCAAGGCGCCCUGCUACCUCUCAGAGGUGGGCAGCAAGGGCAAGCUUGUCACGUUCGACAUGAUCUGGAACAGCAAGGACAAGCUGCUGCUGAGUCCUACUCCUGACGAUGACCAGAAUAAGCGUGCACGUGUGCUAAGUCCUACUCCUGAUGAUGACCAGAAUAGGUGUGCACCUGCGCCUCUGAAAGAUACUUGUCUUUCCUUCGCCUUGUUCAAGUUGCUCAAGCGGCGCUUCUGCCCGGGGCUCCCCAUCGCCGAGGAGGGUGACCCGGAGGCGCUGAAAUUCGUCCUCGCUGAGGGCAAGCAUGCCUUCUGUCUCGUGGAGGUCGAGUUGUCGUUCCUAUACGACUUCUUCUACACCAAGUACCCGGCGCUCUUCCCCGCCGCCCCAGUUGCGCUCCGCGUCCUUCGUUUCGUCGUUCUUCUUGGCUUGUUCAAGGUGCUCCUCUUGGAUUUUAUUCUCGAGGCCAUCACAUAUUACGCCAAAGUCCCCGCAAAGUUGCUUGAGAAUAACACGGGGUACUCCUCGAGUCACGCGGUUAACUUCAUCCUCUUCAACAACAUUCUCGUCGUCUUCAUGAUCCUUAGCAUCGACAUCUUGCAAGACGUUGCCACGGGUUACUCAAACUGGGCCAUUGUACACUACGUGUGCGACUACGUCUACCUGAGAAGGAGGACAGACAGUGACGGUGACAGGAGCAAGGGGUGGUGGAUGACGGCGAAGCGGUGGUGGAACCGGGGCUUCGGCAUUCGUCGAGCGCUGAUUAAAUGGGUGGCGGCACGCCGGGCAAAGGAGUCGGCACACUGGUGGGAUAACAAGCUCGGCCAAUACUCGCUGCUCAACUCCUGCGGCUACACCGCGCACAAGACGAAUGCCUUCUCCCUGUUGACCCUACGCCUGCUCGAGAAGACAGGAGAAGGCCGGAAGCGCGACAAGGAUGUCAUCCUGACGGACAAAAUCAAGGAGGAGGUUCUCAGCUCCCUCGAGAAAAGCGGUGGCCGGCUGUCGGUCGACCGUUCAGGCGGUCUAAGGAACAUGGUGCUACAGUUGCACUGGGCGCCGUUCGACCUCUCAAGCAGCACGCACACGGUCCUCGUGUGGCACAUUGCCACCACCAUAUGCGCCGACCAGGACCAGGGCACCGACAACCCCGACCAGCUCGGCAGUAGCCGCCUCGUUGCAACCACAUUGUCCAGCUACUGCGCCUACCUGCUUGCUUUUGUCCCAGACAUGCUGCCCGACCACAGCUACACGGCCACGCAGAUCCUGGAUGCCGUCAUUCUAGAUGCCCGAGAGCGUCUCCGUACAACCAAAACAUUGUCAGAGAGAUGCAAAAAGAUGGUACAAUUGGGAAAGCCAAAGCCGGACAGCAACAACAUGGUGCAAGACAAGUCCAUCUUGAUCCUUGGAGCCAGCCUGGCAGACAAGCUAUUGUCAAGGAACGACCGGCCGCCAUGGGAGCUGCUCGCGGGCUUCUGGGCCGACCUGGUGCUCUUCCUGGCGCCGUCCGACAAGGCCGACGUCCAUGCCGACCACCUAGCGACAGGUGGUGAGUUCAUGACCCACCUUUGGGCGCUGCUCACGCACGCGGGCAUUGUUCACCGUCCAGAUGUCGAUGCUGCAUCACAUGCUUGA